CGGACUUCGCCAUCGGACCGUUCAGUCUCUCGCCGAGCCGCGUCGAGGUGGUGGACUUUACGUCCCCGCUCUCCAUUGAGUACUCCGUCAUCCUGGGGGGCCGCGGGCUUCCUCAGGUGGACCCUUGGGGAUUCCUGUUCCCCUUAGGUCCUUUUGUAUGUGCGGCAAUAUUUGCGGCCCUUGUGGUGGUUCCCUUGAUCAUGGUGCUGUUGUUUACAUGUGCCUCCUUCUCUUUCCUUGGCUCUGUACGGCUCACGUGGCCUGCUAGCUUGUUUGAAAUGAUCAGAGUGUUGUUGUUACAAGACAACAGAAUUCCCGGCGGGACGUGGUGGUGGCGCAGGCUGGCGAUGGGCGGCUGGAUGCUGACGGCGCUGGUGCUGAUCAAAAGUUAUGCUGGAAACCUCAUGUCGGUGCUGACGGUGAGGUACGUGCAGCAGCCCUACCAAAGCCUCAGUGACGUGGUGCGCGAUCCUUCCGUUUCCAUGAUCUGGCAAACCAACACAAGCAACGUGCAGUUCAUUAGGUCGGCGGAAACUGGAAUUUACCGCGAGCUGGCUGAGGCCGAAAGAAAUGGACGCACCAAAUUCCAGCCAAUAAUGAACUUUUACUGGAGCGUCGACAAGCUGGUGAGACGGAGGGACCAUGUGCUUAUAGACGUGGAAAUACUGAUUAUGAUGAUGAUUGGCCACGACUUCACUUUCACUGGUCGAUGUGACUUUUACAAAUCGAGAGAAAAGUUCUUACCAGUGAUGCUCUCCGUGGUCGGGCAGAAAAACAGUCCCUUGGUUCCGUCAUUCAGCAGAAGGCAAGUGAGGUGAACAAAAUGCAAGCCACUU